AUGUCGUCUCCGGACACGAUCAAUCAGGGUCCUGCUAGAGGCAGAGGUGGCCAUGGCGGGAUGAGAGGUGGUGGCCAGGCCGAACUGACGGUAUUCUCCCAAAAAGUCCGCCAAAUCGAAGAUCAGGUGGAAGCCAAUCUAAAACAGGCCAGAAAGAGAGUAAGACUGCCUGCUAGACCCGGAUAUGGGACGCAGGGAAGAGAAGUGAUCUUGUGGGCAAAUUAUUUUGAGCUGAUAUCCACUGGCAACUCCCCCCUGCAUCGAUACAAGAUCGACGUCCUCCCAGGUCAGAACGGGAAGAAACCCACGGGAAAGAAACUAGGCCGCAUUGUCGAAUUACUGAUCGAAGAGAAUUUCGCUCAAUAUGGCCCUGGCAUCGUGACGGACUUCAAGUCCACUCUUAUUAGCACCAACCUGCUCAACAUUGGUCCUGGUGCUUACCAAGUGGUCUACCGAACCGAAGGCGAAGACCAAUCUCAGCCAAAUCGAAUUCGGUAUCGCAUGCGCGUUGUUCACGAUGGCUCGAUGACGGUGGCUGAUCUCCUUGGGUUCCUGACAUCUCCCAAUGCCGAAGUUUCUCUACUAUCCAAGGAUGCCAUUAUCCAAGCCCUGAAUAUUGUCGUUGGGCAUUACCCCAAACAGUCUAUGAGCACGGCUUCGAUCGGGCCGAACAAACACUACGACUUAGCCGCCGCCAGUUCCGAGAAGACGGGCCUUGGAGCGGGCUUGACAGCGAUCCGUGGAUUUUUCCUUAGCGCCCGAGCGGCCACGGGUCGAAUCCUCACCCACAUUCAAGUCAAACAUGGUGCCUUCUAUGACCACGGGCCUCUUGAAACGGUCAUGACGGCUCAUGCCACAGCCAACGGAUUCAACAAAUACAAACUGGAGAGCUUUUUGAAGAAGAUCUCGGUUCAUACCACUCAUAUGGUCCGAACCAACAACGCCGGUCGACAGAUCCCACGACUCAAAACCAUAUCAGGGCUUGCUCGGCGUGGGGAUGGUUUGAAUGAGGGUCAGGGCAGAUAUAUUUCCGUCUUCGACUUCUUCGUCGAGAAACACAACAUUACAAUCAACAACACGAACAUACCUGUGGUCAAUGUCGAUUCAGAACAAGGCCCUGUCUAUUUGCUUGCACAGGUCUGCCAGGUUAUCCCAGGCCAGGCCGCGAGGUGUGCGUUGAGUCCCUCCCAAACGCAACAGAUGAUCAGAUUCGCGGUGCGGAAACACAGACCAAACGCAAUCACCAUCACGACAUCUGGCGCACAGAUGUUAGCCCUCCACAAUCAAGGUAGCAAUAAUCCAAACCUAAAGGCCUUCAACGUCCACAUCAUUCCAAAGCUCAUCGCUGUCACGGGCCGCGUCUUAAAUUCUCCGAAGGUCCUCUACGACGCGGGCAAACAAGCAAACACCGCAUUCGGCAGCUGGAAUAUGAAAGAAGUCAGGUUUACUGCGAAGACAAGUCUCGCAACUUGGACAUACCUAUUGAUUACAUCUCCCUCGACGAAUGAUCCAUGGAACAGUCCCGCGGAACUGAAGCAGAGCCUGGAUGCUUUGAAGUCUAAGUUGUCGGAGGUGGGUGUCGUCCGCCCGGAUUGUCGGCCUGGUCUGCGCAUCAGUGUCGAUGUCAACGCAGAGGGAUUUGAGACACGAAUCGACGAAGCAUUGAGCAAAUUUGCUGCACACCCCAAUCGGCCCCGGCUUGUCUUUGCCAUUCUGCCGUCCACUGACUCACAUAUCUACAAUCGCGUCAAGUACGUGUGUGACGUGAAGGAAGGACUCUUGAACGUCUGUGUGAUUGCGUCCAAGUUCAAGAGGGCAAAUGGUCAAUAUCGUGCGAAUGUCGCACUGAAAUUUAAUCUCAAAUUGGGCGGCUGCAACCAGAGCUUGCAACCACCGAAGCUCGGUAUCUUGUCAGACGGAAAGACCAUGGUGGUCGGACUUGAUGUCACCCAUCCCUCACCGGGCUCGUUAUCCAUGGCUCCCAGUGUUGUGGGCAUCGUCGCGUCAAUUAACGAAUCGUUCGGACAAUGGCCUGCCGACCUCUCCAUUCAAACUGGUCGACAAGAGAUGGUAGCCGGACUGAAGUCCUUAAUGAAGGGGCGUCUCAAGCUGUGGAGCAAGCACAACCAUGAUGACUACUCCAAGAACAUUCUGCUCUAUCGCGAUGGUGUUUCGGAGGGUCAAUAUAACCUUGUGCUUGACCAGGAGCUUCCUGAGAUUCGUGCUGCUUGUCGAGAUCUCUACCCACCAAAAAUGACCGGCCAAGGCCUUCCACGAAUCAGUUGGCAAGCGACACAAUACACGUUUCUACCCGACCAAGCCAGAACAAGCGGAUCGCUCCACAAAUACUUCCAACGGGACCGAGGUCGAUCGUGGCGUCACCCAGGCCCGCCACUGGGACUUCUUCCUCCAAGCGCACGCUACAGUCCAAGGAACAGCGAGACCGGCGCAUUAUUACAUCGUCUACGACGAGAUCUUCCAGGCCGAAAAUGUGCCACCACCUUCAAGAACGUGGCCGACGUCCUCGAGGACUUGACCCACAACUUAUGCUACCUUUUUGGCCGGGCCACUAAGGCUGUCAGCAUCUGCCCUCCAGCGUACUGUGUGGAUCUGGUCUGUGAGAGAGCAAGAUGCUAUCUCGGCAAGAUCUUCAACCCGUCUUCGAUGACCAGCUCAACAGGCAGUGUGGCGGGAGUAGAUGCCAGCUUGGUGAACAUACAUCCCAUCGUACGUGACAGCAUGUUUUACAUCUGA